AUGGAACCUCUCUCGCUAGAUCAACUCAAGGAAGAACUUGCCCGAAUCUUUCCUGAUGAGGAGGCCAAGAAGGUGGAAGUGGACGAGGCCAACCUGAGCAAGGUUGCGUCCCUGGUGCUCAAGUCUGAGGACGAUGCCGUGCUCGCCUCGCUCACCGAGGUAGUGGGCGACCUCGCCCGCAUCGACGAGAACCGUGAACGCCUGGGCGCCAUCGAGGGCGUCCUCGAGCGUCUGGUCGCCAUUCUCAUUCGCGCUCAGGAUGUCCCGCUGCAGAAGUGGACCGCGCGAGCUCUUGGCAACCUCUCCUACGAGCACGAGGAGAGUAUCGACAAGAUCAUUGCUGCCGGAGCGGUACCGCGGCUCAUCGAGCUGAUGGCCAGCGGUGACAUGGAGGUCAAGCGCAACAGCACCGGCGCUCUGGCCAACAUUUCCUCGGCCGACCACGCCAAGGAGUUGGUCGUCGAGAAGGGCGCGCUGCCCGUCGUGUUCGACCUUCUGCGCAGCGACAACGAGACUGUCCAAAUGAUGGCCUACCGGGUCAUCACGAACCUCGGCGACAACGAAAACAACCGGGUGGAGAUCGUCAAGGCCGGUGGGCUCAAGCUGCUCGUCGACUUUGUGCUCAAGAACGAGGACGAAUCGACCACGGUCGAGGCGCUCAACGCCCUCUGCGUUCUGGUCGAGAACAAGCAACACGCAAUUGAGUUUGCGAAGGAGGGCGGACUUAAGGCUCUCGUGCCGCUCGUCGGCGAUGACGAGUCCGAGACUGCCCAGGCGACCGCCGCCGAUCUUCUCCACACCCUGGCCACCAUUGACGAACUCAAGACGUGGUUCCUCGCCGAGGGCCUCAUUGCGCCCCUGCUGAAGCUCGCCAAGUCGGACGAAGUCACCACCCGCAAGAAGAGCAUCAAGAUCAUCGCCCAGCUUGUCCUCAACGACGAGGUGGCGAACAGCCUGUUCCAAGAAGCGGAUCUACUGCUUGAUUUGCUCAAGUCGGAGGACCCUGAAAUUCAGCUGCACACCACCAUGAUCAUCGGAAACAUUGCUCGCUCUGAUGAGAACUGCGUCAAGUUGGUGGAUGCGGGCGCUGCCCAGUUGCUCGGCCAGCUGCUCCUCGUCAAGGACCCUCGUCUGCAGCAGCUCGCCGCCGGCGCCCUCCGCAACCUCGCCAUUCCCGCCCAGAACAAGGCCAAGGUGGCCGAGAGCGGUGUGUUCCCGGGCCUCAUCGCGUGCCUCUCGUCGACCAACGCGCAUGCCAUGUUCGCCGCCAUCGGCGCCAUCAAGGCGCUGCUCGUCACGCCCGAGAACCGGCGAAAGUUCAUCGCGCUCGAGGGCCUCGAGGCCAUCAUCAGGAUCAAGGACGCCAUCAUCAUCGACGCCACCCAGCAGGACGACCCCGACGCCGCGCGAAAGCCCAAGGACCAGCGCAUCCAGUACGAGGCGGCCCGCACGCUGGCCGUGCUGACCGAGGAGGAGUCGGCCCGCGAUGAGAUCGUGCGGCUCGGGGGCGUCGGCCUGCUCCACUUCCUGCUCGACUCGUCGUUCGAGAUCCUCCAGAACGAGGGCCUCAAGGCCCUGAGGCAUCUGGUCAACCACAAGGAGGCGGAGAGCCGGCCCAAGCUCGUCGAGGACGGUCUGAUCGAUGUGGUGCUCAACGGGCUCACCAAGACCAAGAGCGACGACGUCGUGCUGGGUCUCGUCGCCCUUCUCUCCACCCUCGCCGACAACGACAAGUUCCGGGAGGAGUUGGUGGCCAAGAACGCGGACUCGGUGUUGGUCUCCCUCACGGCCUCGCCCGCCCAGACCGAGGCCAGCCAGACCCUCCGUGCCAAGAUCGGCCCCACCUCCAACCCAUGA